CAACACUAUUUUUCUCGGUAUUCCUGAAUUGAAUCUUAAUGUGAACCGAGUACUGCUGUUACAUGCUGGUCUUGCAGUAGCUACGGUAUUGCAAAGUGCAGAGGCGAUCUAGACAGGAUUUCAGUUCAGGGGGUGCACACUCAAAUAGACCUUUUCUUUGAGACAGAUAGAAUACGUGCAUGGCCAAUCUUACUGGUGCCCAUUCCGUUGAGACUAAUGAUAAGGGGACUGGUUGAGUCCAGCUCUUGUUUGAGAACACUAGUGGUUCAUCUUGUUUGUAGUAAAGAUGCCGUGUAGGAAUUGGGGAAACAGCAAGGCAGCCGGUUUCUCUGACGGACCUGCUGCUGCGGAGACCAGAGAGGCAGAGUCAACCUGAUGCUUCGUCCCCGUGGCUGUCACAAUCUGCUUCCACUUGCAAUUCUUGACUACUCCAGGCCACUAGCUAUUCUUUUCUUCAUUGGAUUGUCUUCUGUAUGUAGAGUCCUUGCAAGAAGUAUCAGUCUUGCAGCAAAGUGCAAUUCCCCCAAGAUGUUCAGAGCUGUAGCUGAUUGGUGUCAGUGCACCAAGAGGACGAGGACGAGGACGAGGUUCCACAUCGCCAUGGAUGCCGCCAUCCUCUUCUCCUGCCCUCCAAUUUCCGUCGUCCCCAGGUCCCUGUCUUGUCGGCGCCUCCUAGCCGUCACCGUCCUCGUCUUCCUCCUCCCAUGCGUGCUCUCCCAGCCCGCCAACCUCUGCGGGACCAAGGCCAAUGGCAGGUUCGUCUGCCCUGACUGCUCCACCUCCCCUGCCACCUCAAACCGUGGUGCCACCUUCGAGGCCAACCUCCUUCGGCUCCGGGACUCCCUCCAGUUAAUGGUGGCCGCCAACGCCAGCUUCUUGAACGCCACCUUCGCCGGUGGCGAGACGGAGGACACGGUGUACGGUCUCGCCAUGUGCCUUGCGGACGCGGAGCGGUCGGACUGCGCCACCUGCCUCGCCGGAGCGGCUGCCGAGCUGCCCGGGACACGGUGCGCGAGCCGCAGGGACAUGGUCCUCUGGUACGCGCACUGCCUCGUGCGCUACGACAACGCCAGCUUCUUCGGCGCCGCGGACACGUCGCCGGCGCGGCGGUUCGACGUGCCCAACCCCAACAACUUCUCCGACCCGGCGAGCCUGCACGCGGCGCGCAGGAGGCUGGCCGGGCGGAUGGUCGCCGCGGCGGCGGCGUCGCCGCUCCGGUUCGCGUUCGACGAGGAGGAGGUCACCGCGAACGUGACGCUGCACGGACUGGCGCAGUGCACUGAGGAUCUGCCCCUCGAGGAGUGCAACAGGUGCCUGGUGUCGCACAUGUCCUGGCUCGCCGGCUGCUGCGCGGACAUGGACGGCGUCAGGCUGAACGGGCCAAGCUGCUACCUGCACUUGGAGUUCAUGGGCUUCGUGCCCGGCACGCCGCCGUCCAUGGCGCCGCUGAUCGAACCAUCUCCUCCGGCGUCUGUGCCAGGUGCAGGGAAGUCCUCAAGGAAAAAGACCAGAAUUUACAUAGUAGCAGGUGCGUUGAGUGCAGUGGCUCUGUGCUUCUUUCUUCUUGGAGCUUUCCUAUGUUACAAGAAGAAGCGCCAUGGCUCACUGCGGUGGCCAUGGAAGAGGGGAUCAGACAACAGGAAGAGGAUGGAGUCCUUGUUGCAACAGCAUCAUCCAAAGAGGUACAGUUACUCACAAGUGAAACGGAUGACCAAAUCUUUCGCUCACAAGCUAGGCCAAGGCGGCAACGGUGAGGUUUACAAAGGUAGCCUCCCGGACGGCCGUGAGAUUGCAGUGAAGAUGCUCAAGGAGACCAAGGUCGACGGCGAGGAGUUCAUGAAUGAGGUAGCCAGCAUCAGCAGAACUUCACACGUCAAUGUCGUUACACUCUUAGGAUUUUGCUUGGAGGGACCAAAGAGGAGGGGCCUCAUCUAUGAGUACAUGCCCAAUGGUUCCCUCGAAAGGUACACGGUCGGCGGCGAUGGCGAAGCUGGUGCUCAUGGAGAAGAACGGUCACUCAGCUGGGAGAAACUAUUCGACAUCGCGGUUGGCAUUGCGCGAGGUCUCGAGUACCUGCACCGGGGGUGCAACGCUCACAUUGUGCAUUUUGACAUCAAACCCCACAACAUCCUACUGGACCGGGACUUGCGCCCUAAGAUCUCCGAUUUCGGGCUGGCCAAGCUAUGCCCUCAGAAGGAGAGCACCAUCUCGGUGUCGAUUACUGGAGCCAGGGGGACGAUCGGUUACAUCGCGCCCGAGGUGUUCUCGAGGCAGGUCAGAGCAGUCACCAGCAAGUCUGAUGUCUACAGCUACGGCAUGAUGGUUCUUGAGAUGGUUGGCGCAAGGAGAAGCAUCAGUGCUGGCUCUGGUUCCGGAGCAAGCAGCAGGUAUUUCCCUCAAUGUCUUUAUGAAGAUCUUGACCGGUUCUGCGCAAGCGCCUGUGAGAUCGAUGUCGAGGCCACCGGAGUUGUGAGGAAGAUGGUGGUCGUUGGGUUGUGGUGCAUUCAGAUCUCACCUUCAGAUCGGCCGUCGAUGAGCAGAGUUGUUGAGAUGCUGGAGAAGAGCACCACAGAACUGCAGCUGCCGCCACAUGCAUCCUGAUGACACGAGCAUUACGAGUUUGCAAACAUCAUGUUCAUCCCUAUUUUCUGCACACGGGCUUUGUAGGUGCUCUAAAAUUCAAAUGGUCCAUUAUUUGGAAUCCAUAUUA